AUGAGCCAUGUCAUGUGGACCUUCGACGCCGAGAACAUCGCGACGAAGCGCGGCCGCGUGAAGCGCGUGGUCAAGGAGCGCUACCUGCGCGAUGACAUCGCCUGCGGCCUCGGCAACUGCGGCCUCUGCCAGAGCCGCGAGGACGUCCAGGUCGUCUCGGCGCUCUCGGGCCGUGCCAAGCAGUUCCUGCUUCUGACGUCCGACGUCGUGCUAUCGCAGAUGGACGUGCUCGAGCACGCAGCUGUGAAGGAGCUCCAGGACAUCAUCAUCCUCGAGACUGUCGCCGAGGCGGUCAAGGCCAAGGACCUCGCCAUCUACCGCCGGCUCCGCGCGCUCAUCAAGUCGGACCGCAACUUUGUUGUCUUCGCCAACGACCACCACCGCGAUACGUAUGUGGCCAAGCAGGCCGACGAGACCAACGCCGAGCGCGACGUCCGCGCCAUGUGCAAGGGCCAUGCAUGGUACACGGAACACAUGCAGUCGAACGACGCCAAGAUCCCGAUCGUGUACAUUGCCAACGACGACGGCGACGCCGAGCGGGCCUCGGCCCACGGUGUGUCCGCCAUCACGAUUGCGGCGUUCAUCCAGCCGCUCCUGGUCACGCACCCGGACCUUGCCGACUUGAUGGCGCAGUCGACGCACGUCUCAGAGAGCGCCAAGGCCGCGCGCACGACCUUGUACGAAGAGCACAAGAGCAUGUCCGAAGUACUCGCCGGCAUCAAGAACAAGCGCUUCUUCCAGGGCACGCUUCGCUGCAACCGCGACCACUGGAUGGAAUGCAGCGUUCUCAUCCACGGCCUCAACGACUCGCGCGUGCCUGUGCUCAUCUCGGGGCACGACUAUAUCAACCGCGCCAUGGACGGCGAUGUUGUUGCGAUCGAGCUCCUCCCCAAGCACCUGUGGAAGAAGCCGUCCGAGUCGUUCAACGUUCACAGUGAAAAGGCCGACGACGAGGACACGGCCCGCGCGACCGAAGCCCCCGAGAUUGGUGUGGCCGAGCCGACACUGUCGACCACAGCGAUCGCGGACGGCGACGAACUCAAGCCAUGCGGCCGCGUGGUCGGCAUCAUCCAGCGCAACUGGCGCCGCUACUGCGGGUCCAUCGAGCCGCCGCGCGACCCCAAGAUCCCGCUGGGCACCAACUGCCUCUUCGUGCCCGUCGACCGCAAAGUGCCCAAGAUCCGCAUUGCGACACGGCAAGCAGAGACGUUGCUCGACAAGCGCAUUGUUGUGAGCAUCGAUUCGUGGCCCGUCGACAGCCGGUUCCCCGUCGGUCACUACGUCCGUACGCUCGGCACGAUCGGCGACAAGGAGACCGAAACCAAGGUGCUUCUUCUCGAGCACGACAUUCCUUGCGAGGCGUUCUCAGACAAGGUGCUCAAGUGUCUUCCGCCCGCCGACUGGACGAUCACGCCCGAGAACUCCAAGGGCCGCACCGACUUGCGCCACCUCCCGGUCAUGAGUAUCGAUCCGCCCAACUGCAAAGAUAUCGAUGACGCGCUGCACGUGCGGCCGCUACCGAACGGCAACGUCGAGAUUGGUGUGCACAUUGCCGACGUGACGCACUUUGUCGAAGCCGGCUCGGCGCUCGAUCUCGAGGCCGCGGACCGCGGGACGUCGACGUACCUCGUCGACAAGCGCCUCGACAUGUUGCCCGGGUACCUCACGACGCAGCUCUGCUCGCUCACGGACGUGGAAGACCAUUUCGCGUUCACGGUGCUCUGGGAAGUGCGCAUUGACGCCAACGAAGUGCAUGUGAUUGACGUGAAAUUCUGCAAGUCGAUCAUCCGGUCGAUCGCGUCGCUCUCGUAUGGCGAAGCCCAAGUGCUUUUGGACGACCCGAGUGCCGGCGCGUCCUUUGCCCUCAAGCCGCCGGCCAAGCCGAUCUCGGAGAAGAAGAAGAUUAUGGGCGCGGCCAUCAAGACCAUGCACGACAUUGCACUGCGCUUGAAGGCCAAGCGCAUCAACGCCGGUGCGCUGACGCUUGCGUCGCCUGAAGUUCGUUUUGUGUUGGAUACCGAGACCCAGAACCCGCUCGACGUGCAAAUGUACGCGCUCAAGGACACGAAUGCGCUCGUGGAAGAGUUUAUGCUCCUCGCCAACAUUACCGUCGCCAAGAAGAUUCUGCGCUCGUUCCCGACGUUUGCGAUGCUGCGCCGGCACCCCGCGCCGUCCAAGCGCCAGUUCGAUGCGAUCGUGUCGCAGGCCAAGGCCGUCGGCGUCACGCUGCGCGUCGACAACUCCAAGCAGCUCCAAGAGAGUCUGGACAGCACGGCCGCGAUCCGCGACGACAAUCCGUACUUCAACAAGAUGCUCCGCAUUCUCUGCACGCGCUGCAUGAUGCCGGCCAGCUACUUUAGCUCGGGCGAAGUCAGCGUCGAAGAGUACCACCAUUACGGUCUCGCGGCGCCGAUUUACACGCAUUUCACGUCCCCGAUUCGUCGGUACGCAGAUGUGGUCGUGCACCGGCUGCUGGCGGCGGCCAUUGGCGUGGCACCGUUGCCCGAGUACCUUGAAAACAAGACGCACCUCCAAGACUUGGCGGGCAACUUGAACAAGCGCCACUUGUCGGCGCAGCUCGCAGGCCGCGCCAGUGUGAGCCUUCACACGCUGCUUUACUUUGCCAACAACCCGACCGUCACGGACGCGAUGGUCAACAAGGUGCGCGCCAACGGCAUUGGCGUGCUCCUCCCGCGCUUUGGCAUUGAAGGCAUGGUGCUGCUCUGCGAGAAGGGCAAGGAGGCCGUGACGCUCAAGCACGACCCGAAGCAGCACGCGCUGACGGUGCUCUCGACCAAGCGCCACCUCAAGGUCUUCCAGAAGGUCCAAGUCAAGGUGUUUGUCGAGCUCACGUUUGGGAACCGCCAGCAGCUCAAGUUUGAGCUUAUGCCCGAGAGCAAGAAGACGCCGUCGACGGGCGCGGUGCCCGCGGCCAAGCGCGCCAAGUCCACGACAACCAAGUAA